AUGGAAGGCCCUACCGGAGAGCUGUACAGCUGCGUGACAUGUCGCCGCCCGGAUUCAGCGCAGAGCAUGGUCGCUUGUGACGAGUGUUCCCAAUGGCAACAUUAUGGAUGCGCCGGUGUUACGGCUACAAUAGCCGAUCGAAGCUGGCUCUGCUGCAGAUGCGUAGCUAGUCACAACGCAGUUAAUUCGACUCAAACCGGCAACGUAAACUCGCCCGAAGCACGCACAACAUUUGCUUCUGCUCGCGCGGCCGAUCGUGAUGAUAAUACCACCGGUCCAAUUAGUGGGAGACAGGACGAUCGAAAUUUCGGAAGACUUCAAUCCUCGUCUAAUUCGAAUGCCGGAUCAGUCGUCUCAGUCAAUGCUAUUGCUCAUCUUCGUUUGAGGCACCUGAAAGAGCAAAAGGAUUUGGAGGAUCAAAAAGCGGAACGGGAUCGCGAAUUUCUUGCUAGAAAGCAGCAGCUAGAAGCAGAAAUAGCUCUGGAAGAGCUCAAUGAAGGAUGUGAUCGUAGCGUAGGAGGAAAAAGUCAUCGAAGUAUCGCCGGUUGGGUGGAACAACAAUGCGGAUUCGUGCAUACUUCUACCCCAGUCCAGCAGAAACCCGAGACAGUGGCUCCAAGUGCGAACCCACAUCCCGCCAUCCAACAGCGAGAGGAGCGGCAAAGAAUGCAAGCAAUAAUUCAAUCAGGUCAACAGAUUCAACCAAGCACUGCGCCAAAACAAGCAGAGAUUCCAGUAAGAAAUCCUCCCCCAGCUAUAGCACCGGGCCCAAGGAGCAAUUAUCUUGAUUCGAAUCCACGUUUUCCGCCAGUGGCUCAGAAUCCAGUUCCACCUGUACCAGUGAAUCCGCUAACAUUGCCACCGCCGAGCUCGUCGCAGUUCCCUGGAUUUCCAGUGAUGAAUAACCCCUACGGGACGAUGUAUUUUCCAAAUAUUCCUGACAUGCCGUCAUCUGGUGCUGAUUAUCAGUUUGCGCACCCUCAGGGAGGAGUCUUUAUCAACAACCCAGUCAGGCAUCCGAACUUUGGUUUGAAUGUACAGCCGUGUGCUUGGCAAGCAUCCGAGCAGCACCCGCCUACAGUUCCACCAACAGUGUCAGCAGAUUUGGGUAAAGGAUUUCCUCAUGCUACAGGUCGCAUGAUUACGCCACAGCAACUGGCGGCGCGUCAA